AUGGCAGAAGACAGGAUUAUGCGCCUCGUUAGUGUGACCAAACUCCUGACAACAAUCAUAGCUCCUCAAUGCGUGGACCAGGGCCUCGUUGACUUGGAUGAGAACGUGGAAAGAAUCAUCCCACAAUUGACGAUCAUGAAAGUCUUGACUGGCUUCGAUGACGCUGAAACGCAGUGA